UUAUCAGUAGUAAUUCAGUGAGGGGGGCUUAGUAAACUUGGUAAUGUUACUGAUUUAAAGAGUAACUUCACUCAGUGUAACUCAGUUGUGUUUUUAUAGCCGGCUUAGUUGUUUAUAUACGGUAAACCACAACUACAACUAACAAAAUGUCAUCACAAGGUCCUGGCUAUGCAUCCCCUCUGGACGCCAUGAAAAAUGGCCCCCGUGAAGAACUCCUCUACGUUGUUUGCGUCCAACCAAAUCAAUCACCAACAAAAACUGAUUUUCUUGCUACUGUUGAUGUUGAUCCAAAGUCCCCAACAUAUUGUCAAAUUAUUCAUCGUUUACACACUGGUCAAGAAAACGAUGAGCUCCACCACAGUGGCUGGAACGUCUGCUCCAGUUGUCAUGAGAGCACAGGCUGCUGCGAUAAAACCCUCAAACGCGAUAAGCUUGUCCUUCCUUGCUUAAACUCCGACCGAGUGCUUUUCGUCGACACCGGGAAAAACCCACGAGCUCCAACUCUCCACCAUGCAAUCCCUGGUGAAGUAAUGCGUUCGAUUAACUGCUCUGCUCCUCACACAGCGCAUUGUCUUGCAACUGGAGAUAUCAUGAUCUCCACCAUGGGAGAUAAAGAUGGUAACGGAAAAGGAGACUUUGUUUUAAUUGACGCGAAGACUUUCGAGAUGAAAGGCACCUGGACCAAACCAGGGAAGUUAGCCAAGUAUGGCUAUGACUUCUGGUACCAACCAUAUCAUGAUAUCAUGGUGGCAUCUGAAUGGGGAGCACCUAAAGUGUUCAAAACAGGUUUCCAUCCUUCCCACAGCGCUAACCCGAAUGCUUACGGAUCUUCUUAAUUUUACAAGUGGAGUACUCGUGAAUUGCUCCAGAGUGUUGACCUUGGUCCCGAGGGUUGCGCCCCAUUGGAAAUCCGCUUCUUACACAACCCUAAAGAAGCCCAAGGGUAUGUAGGUGCAGCAGUUAACGCAAAUAUUUACAGGUUUUACCAAAAGGAAGAUGGCACCUGGGCAGUACACAAAGCAAUCGAUGUAAAACAAAAGAAAGUCGAAGGAUGGUUGACUUCUCACAUUCAGGGAAUGAUUACGGAUAUUCUCAUCUCUCUGGAUGAUAAAUAUCUGUAUUUGAACAAUUGGUUGCAUGGGGAUGUGCGUCAGUAUGAUAUUACUGAUAGAGCCAACCCGAAAUUAACGGGACAAGUGUUUCUGGGAGGAAAAAUAUUGAAUGAUUCAGCUAUUAAAGUCAUUGAAGAUGAAGAGCUUACUUCACAACCGGAUCCUGUGAUUGUAAAGGGUAAGAGACUCUAUGCUGGGCCACAAAUGAUGCAACUUUCAUUAGAUGGGAAGAGAUUGUACAUCAGUAACAGUUUGUUCCCGUGGGACAAACAGUUUUAUCCAGAAAAUGUCGAGAAUGGAAGCUACAUUGUCAAGCUGGAUGUUGAUACUGUUAAUGGCGGCAUGAAACUUGAUCAGGACUUCUUGGUUGAUUUUGGUCAAGGACCAGAUGGGCCAGUAUUAGCUCAUGAAAUGAGGUAUCCUGGCGGUGAUUGCACUUCUGAUAUCUGGUUGGCAACAAAAUAAUUACUUCUUUUAUGCUAUGUUUUAAUUUGUAUUUGAUACAAUAUUUUAAAGAAAUUAAUGUUUAAAUAAAUAAAUGUUUUUCAUGUU